AAUUUCAAACUGGGGCACGACGAUGUAUUUGCACAUCUUUUCGUUGUUUCGGAAAUUCUCUCGACCAUUUGGCAACGCAGCAUAUGAAAGAGUAAAACUAGCCCGAGUAUUAAGCGUUCAGCAUCGUUGCAAGGCUGUUGCUGCGUAUGAAACAAAUGGCAAGAAGGAAAGCCUUGGUGAGGCCGACCCAGCCAUCGCUACACUGGACCUGAAUUUCACAGACCACCAAAAUGCUUUCAAAACAAAAACAACUUGGGAACUUUGCAGGGCUCUACUGGUUCUUCGACUCUGUUCGUUUGAUAGACUUGUGGAUAACAGUUUGCAGCUGUUCAGACUUGGACAGAAAGUUUUAGGAGAGAGACCGUUUAGAGCAUUGGUGAAACCAAUAUUCUAUGACCAGUUUGUGGCUGGUGAUGACCACAGGAGUAUUGGUCAAACUGUGAGCAUAAUGCAGAAGGCAGGCCUGACACCACUCCUCGCUGUAUGCAUUGAAGAUGGUCCUACUGGAGAAGUGGGCUAUGAUGCCAACUUGACCACUAUCUUAGACUGCAUACAGAUGGCCAGUGAGCUCAGUAAGGGGCGCCCUAUGAUACAGCUAAAGGUGACAGCACUGAUGCCAGCUGAAUUAUUGAUCACCUUAUCUAAGAUGUAUACUUAUGGUGGUAUAAGCAUAGAGCAGGUGGCAGAGGCCAUGUACACACCCAGUCUGCUGUAUGAAGUGGAGGGCCUCCCUGAGGCAGAGAUCAGGCAGUGGUGCAGGGGGCUAGAGAGACUAAGAGAAGCAGGAGAGUUUGCUCAGAGGAAGGGAGUUUACAUUUUAGUGGAUGCAGAAUACACCCACAUGAACCCUGGCAUUAGCCUGGCAGCAUUAGCUAUGAUGCUGAACUUCAACAAGGACAUCCCUCUGAUUUGGAACACUUACCAGUGUUACCUCAAGGAAGCCUACAAUGCCAUCACUGCAGACUAUGCCACCAUCAUGGACAAGGGACUGUGCUUUGGAGCCAAGAUAGUCCGAGGAGCCUAUAUAAAUUGUGAAGAGGAGUAUGCAAAGCGGCAGGGAGUCCCCAACCCAGUGUGUGACAGCUACAAGGACACCAGUUCCAGCUACAACAGGGUGGUGGAGACAAUGCUGCAUAAUAUCAGUCAUUGUGGAGAAAAGUGCAAUAUUAUUGUUGCCAGUCAUAAUGAGGAGUCGGUCAGGAAGGCCAUUCAGGGAAUGGAGAAACUUGGCAUUGCCAGAGACAGUGGUUUGGUGUAUUUUGGCCAGUUAUUGGGCAUGUGUGACCAGGUGUCCUAUCCUUUGGGCCAGGCAGGUUACCAGAUCUACAAGUCCCUUCCCUAUGGCACUGUGGAGGAAACCUUGCCAUAUCUCUCCAGAAGAGCACAGGAGAACAAAUCUGUGCUCAUGGGAGCAAGGAAAGAGAGGAGCCUUCUGCAAAGAGAACUCAGGAGGAGAUUUCUUAGAUUUUAACUUGAAGUCAUAGGAACUCAGAACUUUUCUUAUGGCCUAUAUGGAAGUGUCUUAUAAGACAAGUCAGCAAAGCUGUCAAAUGUACAGACAACAAGAAUAAAAAUAAUCCAAUCAAGUUGGUUUGCCAAUAUGAGCUGUAUGUUAAUCAUUGUUCUAAGUUAUAAAAUAACAAGCAACAUGGUUUUCCCUUUAGUGGCAGUACACAAAAUAUUUUUUAACAAUUUUGAUACAAUGUUACAUAAUGCUUAACAAUUAUAAUCACCAUCAAUUUAAAUUAAGCACUGCAGUAACAUAGAUUUCUAGAAAAUGUGACUAGCAAAGGUCUUCAGUCCAAAGGGAAUUCAGUCACUCCAUGAAAAUGCCAAUAUAUACACAAGCACUGAAACGUGCUAUUUUCAUUUUCAGCACUUAUUACAUAAUACGCAAUAACCAACUUAGUUUCAUUUUUGAAUGAUCAACUAAAAAGAUUGUUAAGAUGGGAAAAAUAUCAAUAAAACAAUUUUAAAUGUCCAAUUUGUUUCAUCCUGAGAUUCUAACAAACUGCACUGAUUUGAGUUUAUUUCC